AUGGUACAGAAAGUGGUAUUGUGUGGAGCAGGGUUUCUUGGGUCGCGCAUUGCAGAAACAAUCAUCAGCUCCUCUGCUUCAAGAGCUGUUCAGUUAGCGUCGCGCCAUCCCAGUGCAUCCCACGAGAAGCUUGGACCAAAUCAGCACACCGAUCGCCUCCUAGCGCCGGUUGUGGUGGAUAUCACAAAGCCUGACACGCUCGUUUCCGCCAUGAAGGACGCCAGUGUUGUUGUGUCACUCGUCGGAAUUAUGCAUGGCACGGAACAAGACUACGAGCGGAUUCAAUGGAGGGGUGCUGAGAACGUGGCCAAAGCUACUCGACAGGUGGGAGCGAAGUUGAUACACAUCUCGGCUAUCGGUGCGGAUCCGGAGAGUAACAUCCCAUACGCAAGGACGAAAGCCCUCGGAGAGCAAGCCGUGCUCGAAGCAUGUCCUGAUGCGACUAUUAUUCGCCCUUCCUUGGUGUUUGGACCAGGAGAUAGCUUUUACCAGAGGUUCGCUAGGUUAUCUGCAUUCCUGCCUUUCCUACCGGUCUUCGGCGGAGGUACCUCCAGAUUCCAGCCAGUAUAUUCCGGGGACAUUGCACGAGCGGUGGAGAUUAUCGCACGGAAAAAUCCCGCGACAGAGAGCAAGGUGGCAGGCAAGAUCAUAGAAGCAGGAGGUCCUGAAGUUUUCACAUACAAAGAAAUAAUGCAGCAGGUGCUUGACUACAGCGGACGCAGGAGAUCGAUAGUUUCUCUGCCAUUUGGUAUCGGCAUAAUUCAAGGCGCUAUACUGGAGAGGCUUCCCGUGAACUUGUUCACUGUGACGAGGGACCAGAUAAAACAGUUGAAGUUCGACAAUGUCACCACGAACGAUACACUAUUCAAUGAGAUUCUAGAGACGGAAGGCUUUAGGCUGAGUUCUGUCCAUGAGGUACUGCCGACAUACAUAUAG